AUUCGCGUUCGUUUCUUUGGCAUUCAUCUGCGAAGGAAUUUUAUUGUCUCCUCGUUACCGGCAUCGUUAAAGUAUUUUUGGUGAAUCUUGAAAAUUUUUAGUACAGUUAAUUUAGCAGAGUGUUACUUCAUUAAAUAAUAACAAAAUGUUUUGGGGAUUAAAUUUGAAGCCCAACCGUAAAUAUACGCAAACAACAAGCAAACCGUUCCACAUUUCCUUAGCGUCAUUGGAAUCGGACAAUGUGGCAGAUGAUGGGCCCAACCAAAUAUUCAUCAAUCAUGAUAAUCAAAAGUUCUUGAUUUGCACGUUGCGCAAAGGAAGUUGCGAACAAGUCAUGCUGGAUCUUAAUUUCGGCGAAGGGGAUGAAAUUUGCUUUCAGUGUAUUGGCAGUGGUAAUGUGAGUCUCACUGGCUACCUCAUUGAUAAAUUCAAUUUCAUGGAUGACGUAGAAGAUGAAGAUGAGUCGGAGUUAGAAGAAGAAGAUAUUCAAGAUCUUCGCCAGGCUCUGAAUAAGAAAGCAAAUGCCAAAAAGGGGGUCAAUGGCAAGAAGCAAAAAAUUAACAAUGCAGAGGAAGAUGAAGACGAUGACGAUGAGGAUGAUAGUGAUUUCAACGCCGAAGGUUUAGAUCAAGUCGAGGAAGGCUCGGACGGGGAAGAUGAUGACGAUGAAGAUGAUGAUGAGGAUGAUGACGACGACGACGACGAUGGCGACGAUGAUGAUGAUGAGGAUGAAGAAGAAGAGGAGAGUGAAGAUGAGGAAGUUCAGCAACCGAAAGCAAAACAGCCAAAGUUGGAGAAGCCUCAGAAACAACAAAAUGGUAUUGCAAAGGAAAGCGCAGCCAACAAGAAAGGCAAAAAAGAUAAGAAGCCUAAUAAGAAUGAGCAACAGCCGCAAAAACAGCAACAACAACAACCGAAAGCUGGUGGCGAACGCGUAAUCACUGGAGGUGUCAAAAUUGAGGAUAUACGUGUAGGCAAUGGGCAAGAAGCUAAACAAGGCAAACGUGCAGUGGUAUACUACGAAGGUCGUCUUAAGUCCAAUAACAAAGUAUUCGACAGUUUGAAAACCGGUGCUGGAUUCAAAUUUGGGCUUGGACGAGGUGAAGUCAUUAAGGGUUGGGAUGUUGGUGUAGUAGGAAUGAAGGUUGGAGGCAAGCGUCGCAUUUUAUGCCCACCACAUAUGGCAUACGGAGCACGUGGUUCACCACCCACAAUUCCGCCAAACAGCACACUCGUCUUCGAGGUGGAGUUGAAAGGCGUUCAUUAGAUAUAUAUAAUUCUUAAUUUUGUUUCUAAUAAUUAAGCAUUUAUCUGUUUGCAGUAGUUCGCAUUCAAAUAUUUCGAUGUGUUGUUGUGAGCUUCAUUUAAUUUUAAUACCACUUGUUUAUGAGUAUUGCAUAAAUGUAAGGGUAUUGUGCGGCACGGCAAGCUAAAACGUAAACUUUUUAUAACAUCUGGAAACGUGCCUAGAUAAUUGUUCUGUUAUCUGCUCAUGCAUAAUUUAACAAGUUAUUAAAUACAUUCGAAGUACUUUUUUGUAAUAAUAAA